AUGAUUACGACCACGUCCCGCACCCACGAGACUCCUCUCAAGACCAGGCUCACGGCUGUUGCCGAUGUGAGGCCCAUUCCCGACGUCAAGACCCUCAAGGAUGCCAUUCCCGCAAAAUGCUUCGAGCGUUCCAUGCUUCGCUCCUUCUCCUACGUCGUCCGUGAUCUCAUCGUCGUCUUCUCCCUUUUCUAUGCCGCUGUGCCCCUGUCUCGCCUAGACGCCCCCUGGUUCGUCACCGUCCCCCUGUGGGCCCUCUACAGCUUCGUCCAGGGAUGCUUCUUCACUGGUCUCUGGAUUCUUGCCCACGACUGCGGCCAUGAUUCUUUCUCCGAGAACCUCACCGUCAACGCCAUCACCGGCUGGUUCCUUCACUGCAUGUUGAUGGUCCCAUUCUUCAGCUGGAAAUUCAGCCACGCCCGCCACCACCGAUACCACAACCACAUGGACAAGGACACCGUUUUCGUGCCCCACCGCAAGUCCGACGUCGAGGCCAAGAAAACCAAGCCAACCAUCCUCGAGAAGAUCAUGGACCACUCAGCCGCCGACACGCCCAUCAUCACCGUUGCUUCUCUCAUCUUCCACCAGGUUCUUGGCUGGCCAGCUUACAUUCUGAUGAAUGCCGGUGCUGGAAAGAAGAGCUUGACCAAGGGAGACCGCUACACUUCGUCUCGCUACAAGCAAAGUCAUUUGGAUCCUACUGCCCACGUAUUCACCCCGUCCGAGGCUCCUUUUGUUGCUCUGAGCAAUGUCGGUCUCAUCCUCACCAUGACUGCUCUCUAUGUCUGGUCCCGCAGCGUUGGAACCUCGACCGUUCUUCUCGCAUAUGGUCUUCCUUACCUCUGGAUGAACCACUGGAUUGUUGCCAUUACCUACCUUCACCACACUCACCCCGAGGCUCCUCACUACGAGGCUGACAACUGGACUUUCAUCAAGGGUGCCGCCUCAACUGUCGACCGCGAUUUUGGCUUCAUUGGCCGCCACAUCUUCCACGGCAUCAUUGAGUACCACGUUGUCCACCACAUGUUCCCACGCAUUCCCUUCUACCACGCUGAGGAGGCUACCUGGGCCAUUGCCCCUCUUCUUGGUGAACGCUACAUCCAGCAGAAGACCAACUUCUUCGGCGACUUGUGGCAAAGCUUUACUACUUGCAAGACCGUUGAGCCAGGAACUGGUGUCCACGCUGGAGGAUUGGUAUGGUCCAAGACUAAGGCUUAA